UACCUCCUCUUCCAUAUCUAUAUAUCUAUAUAUAGAGAGGUCUAGCUUGCUUCCAGACGCGACCAUCACUGCUAAGGUUACCCCCCUGUUGUAUAGGGAGAAGACAGAGGAUAAAAAUUAACGUACCGUUGUAGUUUGGUGUGAUGGCAUGCCAAGAGGUUGUGGUGUCGCGGCCCUCCAACCUGGGCUCUCUCGGCCAAAAAGGACCCAUGAUGAUUCUGGCAGGGAAUUCGCAUCCCGGCUUGGCUCAGCUUAUAGCAGACCGUCUCGGUAUCAAGCUGGGAGACAUGAGGGCGUAUCACAAGAGUGAUAGAGAAACCAAUGUUGAAAUCAAAGAAUCAGUCCGAGGCAAAGAUGUCUACAUCAUUCAGACAGCAACAAAGGAAGUCAACAACGACAUAUGGGAGCUAAUGAUUAUCUCGUACGCCUGUAAGACGAGCUGUGCUCGGAACAUAGUCGGAGUGUUACCUUACCUGCCGUACUCACAACAAAGUAAGAUGAGGAAGCGAGGAUCCAUUGCUUGUAAGCUUUUGGCUACCAUGUUGUCGAGAUCAGGGUUCACGCACAUCAUCACAAUGGAUCUACACCAGAAGGAAAUCCAAGGGUUCUUCAAUGUUCCUGUAGACAAUUUAAGGGCAUCACCGUUCCUCAUUCAAUACAUCAUAGAAUCGAUCCCAGACUACCGUAAUGCCGUCAUCGUCUCCCGCAACGCAAAUUCGGUGAAGCGUGUCACGUCGUAUGCAGAGCGUCUAGGCCUGGGCAUUGCUGUGAUCCAUGGUGAGGAGAAAGAGGCUAACAGCGAGGACGGCCGCAACUCACCCCCCUUACCUGGUCAGGACCGCGGCCGGCUGAUCUACGAACUGGAGUACCUGCCAAUGCUACAAGCCAAAGAAAAACCCCCUCUAAAUGUGGUUGGUGACGUAGGAGGCCGAAUCGCCAUUAUUGUGGACGAUAUGGUGGAUGAAGUGAGACCAUUUGUGAAAAUAGCCGAGGCUUUGAAGAACAGAGGUGCUUACAAAAUCUACGUGAUGGCCACGCAUGGCAUUCUUUCGUCAGAUGCUCCCAAACUUAUCGAAGAAUCUCCUAUAGAUGAGGUUUGUAUGCUUCAGGGCUCAAUCGUGGCACUACUCUCUCUCUUUAUCUCCUCUUCCUUUUCUCUCUUGCUUUUUAUUUCUCCUCUCUCUUUCUCUCUAUUUCACUCUCUUUUUCUUUCCCUUUCUCUCUUUUGGAAUAACCAGCUGAUUCAGUUAUAUUCUGUAUAUAUCCUUGCACAACAAAGAGUAUAUACCAAGAAGUUCCUGGCUUUGGGUAAACGAAAAUACAGGAGGAUCAGUUAAUUACGAUUUUAUUCAACAUAUACCCCUCUCAGAUUCACACCUUUAUUUGCAGUGGUCCCAAAGUGUUUGUAAAAGAACUCAGAACCCUGGACCUCCAACUAGGUCUUUCGUGACACUCUUAAAGUCAGGGACCUUUCAGCACCCCCUCAUGUAUGCAUAU